AUAUUUCCCUGAAGGGAUCGACAUAUACUUUGAGAAUGUGGGGGGAACCAUGCUGGAUGCAGUGCUGCUUAACAUGAGAAAUUAUGGUCGCGUAGCUGCAUGCGGAAUGAUCUCGCAAUACAACCUCAAUAAGCACGAGGGAGUUCACAACCUUUCGAUGAUAGUCGGUCGCAGGAUUGAGAUCAAAGGAUUUGUGGUUUUGGAUCACUAUGACAUUUAUCCCCAAUUUGAGGAGAAGAUUAUACAAUACUUGAGAGAAGGAAAGAUUGAAUAUGUGGAGGAUGUGGCGGAGGGGCUUGAGAACGGACCUUCAGCGCUUUUGGGGCUUUUCGAAGGCCGUAAUGUUGGAAAGCAGUUGGUGGUGGUGGCUGUGGAUUAAAUUC